UCACUUCUGGGUUGCAAGUGACGUUUGUUACCUAUCAGCCAAUGAUGGCCCCUUUGUCCCAGAAUGCAUUGCAUCACAAACUGCACGCGCGAACUAUGUACACUGUAGUCAGGUAUUGUUGGAAACUGCGCUAUUUAAACAUCGCUGCCGCAUAAAGUGAAUCUCGGAGCUGAAGAGGCCAGUAAUGACAACAAGCAACAGCUGUUCAGUUCUUAAAGAUGUCAUUGCCUUUGUUGAUGUGUGGUCAUCAGACAAAACAGCAAACUAUUCGAAACCAUUUGUUCAGCAGCUGCAGGAAAUGGGAGCUCAGGUAUCAAAAACAUUCAAUAAACAAGUCACACAUGUAGUCUUCAAUAAUGGUCAUCCAGCUACAUGGAGGAAAGCCAAGAAAAGUGGUGUGAGGCUUGUCUCUGUUCUCUGGGUAGGCAGAUGUUACGAUGACGGUGUGCAUGUGGAUGAGGAGUUGUAUCCAGCCUUAAAUGAUGAAAGCAAUCCUGUGUUGAAGAACAAGAAACAUCGUUGCAUGCAGCCAAAAGAUUCUCCAGAGAGGACACCUGAAAACGACAGACGCAUGAGGAAAAAAUUAGACAAGAUGAUGAAAGACCUAGCUCCAAAACCACCUCUGGUUACAGAUGUGUCACCCAUCAUUAUUGAUGAAGAGAAUGGAAUAGUCUAUAGUCCUGCUUUGAAAAGAUCAGAUUAUAUGGCACAGCGUUUGAAAGACAUGAAAGAGAAACGGGAAAACCUCUCACCCACAGCUUCACAAAUGGUUGAAUCCUGCUCAGCCACCGGGAUAAAGCCUUCUCUUGGGAGCACACCGACUGUCUUCAAAUUUAUGUAUGACCAGUCGGAUGAUGAUUCCAGUGCUUCUGUUGCUGAACCUGGUUACUCACCUGAUAAGGAAGAAGGCAGAACACAAGUUGAUGUUACUGACCAUGACCGUCAUGAACAAUGCCACAGGAAAGGCUCUGAAAAGCCCUGGCUGUCACCCUGCCAUGAUGUACCAAAACGAAUUUCAAGUCCUUUGAAAUGUCCUGACUUCAAGGACAACGAAGAUGAAGAUGGGAAUAGACAAAAAAAGUCAAGGACCUCAGUCAGAAAAAUGCCAGCAGAGAAACACAAAUCUGUAGGUUCAUUAGAAAGUCCUUGCCAGGAUAGGACACCUGACAACAGCAAGAACUUUCACAAAGAAAAAAGGCGAUCUCAGAUAAAAUCAUCUAGCCCAUCACCUAACAGAUCUGAAAAGGGAAAGCAAAAAAUUAAAGCAGCUAAAGCCUUUACAGAGACUAAAACCCAUUUUUUCCCUGACGCUGUGAACUCUUCUAGUUGCCUCUCAUCACCAGCCAAGUUAGGUGAUGCUGCAGUUGAACUGUCAAAAGAAACUGCUACUCCAUUACUGAAAAUACCCAAACGAGCCAGACCGUCACUUUCUGCCUUGGUACGAUCUUUCACUCUAUCCGGUGACACUAAAAGUGUUGCCUCUUGUUCCACUGAUGGAGGAGAUGAUGUGUUCGAGGACUAUUUCUCCCCAGCUAACCGCCACCAGAGAUCAAAAAGACCUGUUUUGCCUAAUCUACAUGUGGAGAGAGACCUUCAGAUUCCUUUUGAGUUGGGCUCUAUCCCAAAGAAGAUAAAACAAAGAAGAAGUGAAAGCAUUGGAUCUGAAAGUAACAGUAAAAAGAAGAGGAAAUUUGAAGAAAGUCAGAGAGGCAAAAAUCGAAAUCAGCAGUUUGAUGCAAGCAGUGAGCCCCAAAGUCAUCCACAACCGGAUUUUAAAGAAUCUCUGCCUGCACUGGAUAGUCCAAGUGCGAAUGUAACACAUGCAGCUAAAAAGCAAAGACAAAGCACCUUGCCCUUUACAAGCACCAGUACAACUACAAGUGAUGCAGUGAAACAAAGAAGAGCAUCUACAUCAGUGGAACCAACAAUGUUAACAGAGGCUAACACAGUAUCGGAGCUGCAGAAAAACUCUGAUGUCAAUGACCUUUCUCGUACCUUGGAAAGUAGAGGAAAUGAAUGUACAGUUGCAGCUGGUUUAACAGAGAUCCCCUCUGAAGGCGAAGAAAAUCCCAAUAAUCAAGUCAGCUUGAGUCUUCAGAAAAUGGUCAACAAAACAAAGGCUAUGAGAACAUUAGUCAUGACAAGCAUGCCCACUGAGAAGCAGCACAUGGUGGGUCAGGUGGUCAAAGCACUGGGUGGUUUUUCAAUCGUUGACCGAGUUUGUGAGAGCACAACUCAUGUGGUGUCUGGGGGUCAACGGCGGACUCUCAAUAUUCUGUUGGGCAUAGCUCGUGGCUGCUGGAUCCUCUCUUUUGAAUGGAUUCUCUGGUGUUUGGAGCAAAGGCAGUGGAUUCCAGAGGAACCAUAUGAGCUUUCAGACCAAUUUCCUGCAGCACAGUUUCUCUUCCCAGAUCUGUCGUCUCCAGAGGCACCUGUCUGCCGGGGAGCACCAACAGGACCUGUUCCAAAGCCAGCCAGCCAUGUUUGUGUCCCAGCACUCCCAGCCGCCCACUCAGAGUCUGGUGGAGCUGAUCCAGCUCUGUGGAGGAACAGUCUGCAAAACUGUGCGGCAGGCGGGUAUCUGCAUAGGGAAGUACAGUGGCAGGAGACCAGAGGGAAGCAGGAUCCUGUCUGAGCAGUGGGUGCUGGAUAGUAUCACAUAUUUGAAGCAGCUGUCAUAUGAUAACUACGACUUGGAGUGAAAGCUGUAGAAAAUCAUUAUUUUUUUGGCUGUGAAGUUAAGUUUUAUUAAUUUUAUGCUGGACAGUCACAUAACCUCAGUUUCUACCUUACAGUGUUCCUCUUGUGCAGGUUUAUCAUCUUGCUUUGCAAAUGUGUUCAGAGGCUUUACAUAAAUCCUCUCAAAUAUUCUGUGUUCGAAGCACUCAAGUCCCUGGUUACCAUGGAAACCUGUUACUUCUCAGGACUAUCAACCAUUCAACAAUGGUCUAAGUUACUUAAACUGCUUUGACAUAGUGUAUGUCGAUCCUUUAUUAUUUGCAUUAUUUUUCAUAAAGUAGUAACCACUACUGCGUACCUGUUUUUCACAACAAGACAUGAGAUUGAGACAGUUUUGUUUUUCAUUUAUAACAAUGUGAUUUUAAAAAUACUUGCUGAGCCAGUUCUACACUCUAAUGAAGCUUAACAUACAGUAUCCUUAUAGAAAUGUUUUGUGAUGUCAUUGUUAAUAAAUACUUCUUAAAAAUGGGAUCUUUGGAUUUAUUGUUUUCUGUCAAAUGAAGAGUUGUUUAAGGUCACUUCAACAAUUAAACCAAAACUUGUAUCACUUUUUUUGUGUGAUGUAAUUUUCAGUUAGGUAGGUUUUAUUGAAAUUUAAUCGUUAUGAGAUUAAUUUAACUGUCUGCAUUUUUUGCACAAUCAUGGUAUAAUGAAUGUAGCACCCUUUUGAGAAUAACGACUUGAUUUGUGACAAAACACAGUGGUGUGAUGCAUCAAUCUGUCAAAAGUGUUCACUCAGCAGUGACACAGGGUGACAGACGACAAAUGAACAAGCUGAUGUAUCACAGCUUGUACUCACACUUGUCAGUCAUGUUUAGGCAACAGCGAAGGAAAGUAACAAAUUUACUCAAAUACUAUUAAUAAUAAUAACUUUAUUUAUGUAGCACCUUUCAAAAACAAGGUAACAAAGUACUUUACAAAAAAAACAUAAUGAAAGCAAAUAAGAUCCAUUAUUAAUACUCAGCUGCACUAGAAUCUUAAAGAGUUUCCCCUUCGGGGAUCAAUAAAGUAUUUCUGAUUCUGA